AUGUCGACGGGGGCACCGCCCCUGAGUGCGGAUAUCGCACCGGUCAAUGGAAAUACACAUGCACACGGUCACAGUCGUGGCCGUGGGCAUACUCGAUCUCGCUAUGCCCAACCCCCGCCGGCCCCUCUCUCGCUGGACCUCUCCAAUGCUCCCCAACCGCCACCGGACAUGACCGACUCUGUCAAUGGCAAUGGCUCAUACGGACACGCCUCCCAGCCAUCCUGGUCUCAGCAUAACCACAAUGACUCCCAUUCUCACGGUCACAGCCAUUCCCACUCCCACUCCCACCCCCAUUCGCUUGCGCACCACGGCCAUACCCACAGCGUGUCCUCAAUUCACCAUGACGCGCCACACGCUCAUGAUAUGAACCUACAAGCUACUUCUGUGAAUUCAGAGACUAGCUCCAAUCAAGUGCAUGAAGUGCUAGCCGGCGCCCUAAUUGCAUUGCCUUGGAUAGCACUGUCCUGGUACCCAAGGAAAUGCGCGCAGCAGAACGCAGGCGAUCUAGAUGCCUCUGAAACAACACACAAAAGCUCCGUCGGAACCGUCGAACAGGUCGGACAAAAGGCCUGCAUCUUGACCGCAGUUACGCUUCUUCUCUUCGGAUUCCUUCAAUUGAUACGCUUGAACAGGUAUGCCGAUGGCUCUAAGGGCCUCUCUUCCAUGAAAUUCCCGACACCCAGUGCUCAGAGUGGUCAAGCUGCUUUCCUGCAGAUAUGCUCGGUUGGACUACCCAUAUAUGCAGCACUGAAAGUAGGAGGAUUCCUAGUUGCCUUCGCACUUCUUCUUGCGACGGCUACCGGGAUGCCUAAGCUAGUCGCUUCGGAUCCUCGCAUUGCUGUACAGGAAAGAUACAACCGGAAAAUUUUCACGAUUUCGCUUUUGGGAACGGCUACUGUGUUAAGCUAUCUAGGCCUGAACAAAACGUGGGAUGCGUGGCCAUUGACUGGGUAUCUUGCUUUGGUACUCUCAGUAUUCGCCAUCUCCCCUCCUUUCCCUGCUCUUCGCCGUCAAGGACCCAUUCCAGAGCCAGGCCUCGUUGCUGAGUCACUUUCAAAGGACAAAGCCUCGGGUCUCAGCCAAUCUACUGUCAUUGUUACGACCGAUGCUCCUCUCGCUCUGGUAUCGGGAGGUUUCCUCCUUGUUCUAGCCAUGAUUGCCUCCGGAGGCUUACCUUUUGGUUUGGCGGACUCGAUCUAUGUUCUGGCCCCGGCCGGGCUCCUUGCAACCGCACUGGUAUUUUCAUCCCCCGCUGGUAUCCGAUCAUCUAGCAAGGUUGGUCUUGCAGUGGCUACUGGAUCCGCGGCCCUUCUUUCCUCUCCACAUAUCCAUGAUGAUAUUAUGAUGGUCUAUGUUGCGCGCUGUAUUCUAGCUGCCCUUUCCUUCUUUGCCUCCAGGAUGGACGAUAAGCAUUUGCGCCUGGAUGCGCAUUCACACAGCCAUACACACCAUCACCACAAUCACUCCCACGGCCCUACAGAGGCGGGCGCAGUGACAAAGUGGCUUCUGCAUCGCAGCGAGCCCUAUCCACUGCUCUAUAGCAUUCUGAAGGAGAAGGACUCCCGUAGUAUCUUCUACUUCAUGUGCCUGAACUUCACCUUCAUGCUUGUCCAAUUAUCCUACGGAUUCCUGACCGGCUCCCUUGGACUGCUCAGCGACAGUAUUCAUAUGUUUUUCGACUGCCUUGCCCUGGUUGUAGGACUAUGCGCAGCUGUGAUGAGCAAAUGGCCUCCGAAUGCCCGAUUCCCCUACGGCUAUGGUAAAGUUGAUACUUUGUCCGGGUUCGCCAACGGAAUUUUUCUCAUGAUCAUCAGCGUGGAAAUAAUCUACGAAGCGGUGGAGCGGCUGUCAUCGGGAAGCGAAAUGCACCGCAUCGGCGAACUUCUCGCAGUCAGCUUCGCUGGAUUACUUGUGAACCUGGUCGGCAUUUUUAGCUUCGAGCACGGCCACCACCAUCACGGACACGACCACGGCCACGAUCACUCCCACGGUAACGAAAAUAUGCACGGUAUCUUCCUGCACAUUCUCGCCGAUACCCUCGGUUCCGUGGCCGUGGUUAUCUCGACCAUUCUGGUGCACUACUCUGGCUGGUCCGGGUACGACCCGCUCGCAUCGUGCUUUAUUGCCAUCUUGAUCUUUGCCUCGGCGGUUCCUCUCGUCACCAGUACCGCCAAAAGCUUACUGCUGACUCUGCCCGCGGACACGGAGUAUAAUGUUCGUGAAACACUGGCCGGGGUGAGUACCCUGCGUGGGGUGGUUAGCUACACAGUACCGAAAUUUUGGCUCGACGAUACCGGGUCGUCGUCCGACGGACACUCCCACGAACAUGACCAUUCCGGAGGAUGUGACCAUGGCCACGAACAUGGGCAUCAGCACAAUCACAGUCACAGCCAAAGCCACGGUCACAGCCACAAUCACAGCCACGCCCACGAUCAUGACGAUCAUGCCCACGCCCACGAUCACGAUCACGACCACGACCACGCGCAUGAACAUAAGAAACUGAAGGUUUUCGGUGUAAUCCACGUGAUAGCAUCCCGAGGCUCCGACCUUGAAGAUGUCCGCCAACGAACGGAGAGCUACCUUCGAGAGCAAAGCAUGGAUAUUGUCGUUCAAGUGGAGCGCGAUGGGGAUAGCCGGUGCUGGUGUGGUGGUGGGAGCAAGUCCCCCUAG